GGGAGCCGGAGCAUGGGAGAGGGAGAAAGCUGCGUGGAGAGGAGACGCUCUCAGAUCAGUCAGUGGCUUCAUGGAGUUAUGUACCUCUGAUCCGCCGCCAUGGAUUGCAAUCCGCGAUCACUCCUUUUCAUUUUACCUCUUUUAUUGUCCUGCGUUAUUUCUACGUGUGCCGUCAUCUACGCUCCUAAUGAAGUCAACCUGUUAGACUCUAAAGCAAGCCAAGGGGAGUUGGGAUGGAUUUCCUACCCACUGCAUGGGUGGGAGGAGAUUAGCGGGGUGGAUGAGCACUACACUCCCAUCAGGACCUUCCAGGUGUGCAACGUGAUGGAGUACAGCCAGAACAACUGGCUUCGCACCAAUUGGAUCGCUCGCCAGUCGGCCCAGAAGAUCUACGUGGAGCUGAAGUUCACGCUGAGGGACUGCAACUCCAUCCCGCUGGUGUUGGGUACCUGCAAGGAGACCUUCAACCUCCUCUACCAGGAGACGGACGACGACCAGGGCACCCACUUCAGAGAACACCUGUACACCAAGAUCGACACCAUCGCCGCUGAUGAGAGUUUCACCCAAAUGGACCUCGGAGACCGCAUCCUCAAGCUGAACACUGAGGUGCGCGAGGUGGGUCCCAUGACCAAGAAGGGCUUCUACCUGGCGUUCCAGGACGUGGGCGCCUGCGUGGCUUUGGUUUCAGUGAGGGUUUAUUUCAAGAAGUGCCCGAACACUGUGAGGAAUCUGGCCUCUUUCCCUGAUACGGUGCCCAUGGACUCCCAGUCGCUGGUGGAGGUCAAAGGGUCAUGUGUCAAUCACUCCAAAGAGCAGGAGCCUCCGCGAAUGUACUGCAGCACAGAGGGCGAGUGGCUCGUGCCAAUCGGGAAGUGUCUUUGUAACCCGGGUUACGAGGAAAGAAGCAACACCUGCCAAAUGUGCAGGGCGGGCUUCUACAAAUCGAAUCUUGGAAAUAUGGAGUGUUCCAAGUGUCCACCUCAUAGUUUCUCUCACCACGAGGGGUCGCUGCACUGUGGCUGUGAGAAAAACUACUUCCGUGCCGAGGGAGACCCUGCAUCCAUGGCCUGUACCCGACCCCCUUCAGCUCCUCGAAAUGUCAUCUCCUCCAUCAACGAGACUUCGGUCAUCCUGGACUGGAGCUGGCCUGAGGACGCCGGCGGCCGCAGGGACAUCACCUUCAAUGUCCUCUGCAAGCGCUGCCGGGGGGUAGCUUCUAACGGCACUAACGGCGGCAACCUGCGCUGUGAGCCGUGCCGGAGCAAUGUUCACUUCCUGCCCAGAGCCGCGGGCCUCCACAACACCACGGUGACGGUGGGCGACCUGUUAGCCCACACCAACUACACCUUUGAGAUUGAAGCGCUGAGCGGGGUGUCAUCGCUGGCACCCAAGAUGAGACAGUACGCCGCUGUCACCAUCACCACCAACCAAGCUGCUCCCUCCCCGGUGACAGUGAUCAGAAAGGAGAAGACGUCUCGAAACAGCGUCUCCCUGUCCUGGCAACGGCCAGAGAGACCCAACGGCAUUAUCCUCGACUACGAGAUAAAAUACUACGAAAAGGAAGAGCAGGAGACCAGCUACACCAUCCUGCGUGCGCGGGGCUGUAACGUGACUCUGAGCGGUCUGAAGCCCAACACGGCCUACCUGCUGCAGAUCAGGGCGCGCACGGCAGCCGGGUACGGAGCCAGCAGCCCCAGCUUCCAGUUCGAGACCAGCCCCGACUCAGCCUUCUCCAUCUCCAGUGAGAGCAGCCAGGUUGUUCUGAUCGCCAUCUCCUCCGCCGUGGCCAUCAUCCUGCUCACUGUGUUGCUGUACGUUCUGAUUGGCAGGUUUUGUUGCCACAGCAAAUCCAAACAUCCUGAUGAGAAAAGACUGCACUUUGGCAACGGCCACUUGCGUCUGCCGGGCAUCAGGACCUACGUGGACCCCCACACGUAUGAGGACCCCAGCCAGGCUGUGCACGAGUUUGCAAAGGAGCUGGACGCCUCCUGCAUCGCCAUCGACAAAGUGGUGGGAGCAGGUGAGUUUGGCGAGGUGUGCAGUGGUCGCCUGAAGCUGCCCAGCAAGAAGGAGAUCUGUGUGGCCAUCAAGACUCUCAAAGGAGGAUACACUGAUAAGCAGAGGCGGGACUUCCUCGCUGAGGCGUCAAUCAUGGGACAGUUUGACCACCCCAACAUCAUCAGGCUGGAGGGGGUGGUAACACGCAGUAAACCCGUCAUGAUUGUCACAGAAUACAUGGAGAAUGGAUCCCUGGACAAUUUCUUGAGAAAACACGACGCCCAGUUUACGGGGAUCCAGCUGGUGGGCAUGCUGCGUGGCAUCGCCUCGGGCAUGAAGUAUCUGUCAGACAUGGGCUAUGUUCACCGAGACCUGGCAGCUCGAAACAUCCUGGUCAACAGCAACCUGGUGUGUAAAGUGUCAGACUUCGGCCUGAGUCGAGUUCUGGAGGACGACCCGGAGGCUGCUUACACCACCAGGGGAGGUAAGAUCCCCAUCCGGUGGACAGCUCCAGAGGCUAUUGCCUACAGGAAGUUCACGUCAGCCAGUGAUGCUUGGAGUUAUGGCAUUGUCCUCUGGGAAGUGAUGUCAUACGGAGAACGACCAUACUGGGAGAUGUCCAAUCAGGAUGUAAUAAAGGCUGUAGAUGAAGGAUACCGCCUCCCCCCACCAAUGGACUGCCCGGCCACCCUCUACCAGCUGAUGUUGGACUGCUGGCAGAAAGAGCGGAACAACCGGCCUAAGUUUGAACAGAUUGUCAGCAUCCUGGAUAAACUCAUCCGCAACCCUGGUAGCCUCAAAAUCACUGCCAACACCACAUCCAGGCCGGCCAACCUGUUGCUGGACAGGAGCAGUUCAGAGGUCCCCUCCAUGGGGACGCUGGGGGACUGGAUGGAUGGAAUGAGGACUCUGCCCUGCAAAGAGGCCUUCUCUGGGGUCAGCUACAGCUCCUGUGACACCCUGGCCAAGACCUCCACAGAUAGAGUGGUCCUGACGGAGGUCCACGUCACACCGGCCACUUGCCCAGAAUGGGAGCCGUCCAUGGGGAUCACCACUCUCUAACGCCCAGCUCCUCUCCGCCUCCUCAGGCUCUGGAUGGGAUCUGAAAAAAGUUGGAGUGACUAUCGUAGGACCACAGAAGAAGAUCGUGAGCAGCCUCAAAGCCCUUGAUUCGAAGAAUGGCCCGGUACCUGUUUAAGAAAUGAACCCAGCGAGUACAAACACCAGAGACCUGUCUGCCGGUGUGGUUGCUAAUCAACAUUGAACAAAGUGGCACAUACGUGGAGACAUACGGAAAUGGAGGGAAAACAUGAUUCUUAUGAGGGCUUUGCUGUUUCGUUGAAAGACGAUUAUCAAGUCAGAGAAACGGGAAAUGAGUUAAAUGCAGACUUUCGACCCUCCAUCCCUCCAUGCCCAAGUUGAGAUGCCUUACAGACUAAAUGGGGGUAGAGAAAGCAGAGGAAAGCCAUGGAGGUCAGGAGGACCUGCCCAGAGAUAUAAACUGGGAUUGGACUAACAUAAAGACGGAGCUCUCCAUUAUUGGCUAAUCUCGAUACCUUAGCCUUCCCUUUACAGCUCAAAAGGGGACGGGCAUGCUCUUAGUCUCCUCCCACCUCGCCUGAGCAAGAAGCCUGUGGAAACACGGCGGUGAAACGGCUGAAACGCCUCGUAUAGGAGAGCAUGGCAGACAGCAGCCCCUCACCCGGAUUUGGACCCUUCCUGGACAAAUGAGGUCUGAGGCGUGAGAUUGUGUUUCAACGACCUACAUUUACUGUCUCUAUCCAUGAGAGAACGGCGCUGGUUAUGGACACGCCUAAACCGAGCCAUUUUACUCUGUAGCUCUAACCUAUAGCAUUUGCAUUCAGUAGACCUGUCACAUUAAAGCAAUAAGUAUGAUAAUCAGUUAAAUAUUCUCAAUAUAUGGAAGCCUUGAGUCUGUCACAAUGUAAUGAACGCUGUGCUUUGAAGGUACAGGAGCCAUAACACACUUCACUCAGAUUUUUCUUUAUCAUGACAUCUAUGUUCUAUGUGCUUAUGAACAGAUAUUGUACAGUUAUAGUGCCGUUCCCUCGACCCAAUGCCCUUUGUGUGAAAUCUCAGGAUGUAUACUUUAUACCUUCUCUUUUCGCUAAGGGGAAACAGACAGAGGGGAUGGAGCAGUGACAGGGAUAAGAAAGGCAGAAAAGGGGAAACAGUAAGAGAGAUUUAUAAGAGAAAAGAUAGAACUUUUAUGAGAUGACGUGUCAUGCAGGCCACGUUCUUGUUGGGUUGCGGAAGUGUCGGAAACUUGAAGCCAGUUUCAAGUGCUUGAGGUUCUUCUUCAGGUAAAACAGAUUAGCAUCAUCAACCCCACACAGCAUCAGGUAUCAAUUUUAAAAGGAGUGGGAUUAGUUUUGCGCCUAGUUCAAAAAGUUGAGAUCUGAUCUGAGGUGGGUUGUAGUCUUGCUUUAGUUGAAGUUUACUAACAAGCCACGCAGGGUCUAAAUUAGCUGUUAAAUGAAUCCAUGAAUCCUGCAAUGUUUAAUGCAAAUAGUAGAGUGCCUCCUCUAGUCGGGUGGGAUCAUGGUGGGAUCUCUAAGCAAAAAGCUCCAGUUUCAAUUUGUUUUCAACGAAAGUUGAGUUGAUGUUCUUUUCUGUGUUCUUAUCGGGGCAUGGGGUUUUCCAAUCAUUGCCCUAAACUAUCAAGGUUUGAAAAUGCCCUGUCUGAGAUGCAACACUUCCAAUAAAUGAUUGCUUUCUGAGAUAGUACAUUAUGUCCAGGAUGGGAUUUCCUAAAGGCACCUUAGAGUUUACAGUAGAUGAUCUUUGAACAAAGAUGAACAGACUUCAAGAUGAUAGUCCUCUGCUUUGAUAUCACCGAUUGUAUCCCUCAACCAAAUCCAGUAUUUUUACUGAAACGUUGGUACUGUUGGAUGGGUCAUACUUAACCAUAAGGGGUGCUAUCUUUACGCUUCUUCCAAGCACUUAGUAAACAAUAUUUGAGCACUUGUAAUGGAUAUGGUAUUGCCUUGGAUGGAGACUAAGCUUAACUAAUGGAAAGGAGUGAUUCUGGUGCUUUUGGGAAACCCAUCCCUGUUCAGAGCGUCGGGCCGUCCUCCGUUGCCCGGGCUACCUGUGGAUGCUGCUGUUGCUGCUAUGUGUUCUAAUUAGCAUGUACAUAAUGUAAACCAUCGUAAGGAUAGCAACUAGCGCUACAGACCCCUCUACAUGUACAUGGCCAUCCCUCUUUGUACAAAUGUUUGUAUGUAUAAAAGAAUAAAUAAAAAUGGUGCAACAUUUUUAAUUAAAAAAGAGACAAAAUCAUCUGUAUUAUAUGUUAUGUUAUUUUGGAUUUUAUUUGUCUGCCUUGUUUUUUUUUUCUACAAUAAAAGGCGAUCAUGAU